CCGGAAGUUUUUUCCUCGUACUGCGAUCACGGAGUAAACCUGCCUGUGAGCUGAUGUUGAAACUGCAGUGUAAAUCCAGCGCCAAUGGCUGAAUUUGUUGUGGAUAAACAAGAAGGACCGACACUGGAAGCCUCAGGUCUCAGGCUUCCUCUGUCCUCAGUGCGUCUGCUGGUUCCUCCUCUGCGCCUGAUGUCUGCGUUUAUGUGGCAGGUGGUGCAGGAGAAAAACCUGGUGCAUUAUGGGAAACUGGAGGAGUUUGUGUGUAUGGUUACGGAGAGCGUGCCACACCUUCUGACUUACAGACAAAGAGUUCAGCUCAUCCUGGGACUGAGGGCACGGAUGAUCUUGGAGAUGCUCCACAAGCCGGAGGAUGUGAAACUCGUCCAGAUGCACUUGGACAGAAUGAGGCUUCCUGAUAUUCCGACCGGAUGUUCUGUCGAUGUAGACUCGGAUUUUGAGCUCUCUGUGUGUAACUUUAAGGCGCUCGUCCUCGCGCUGUUGAAGGAUCCUGCAGAAAAAGUCUAUUUCUUUCAGGAGGUGUUUCCUGUGGAAUAUGGUCCACGCUAUGACUCCGCGCUGAAGGAACUGAUGUGGGAGCUGCUUUCCCGUCUCGAGAGGCUCUUUCCCGUUCCAGACUUUAAAGAGACUAUAUCUUGGCUCACUCCUGCCCCUGCUGGUAUGGAUGAAUGCAUGCAGUCUGAGCCCAAACACCUGAAAGCUCUGUUUGAGCAGCACAAAGUCGUCAGCAGCAUGGACCAUCAAAACUGGGCUAAAGGUUCCUCGUUAGAUGCUCUGAAUGCUACCUCAGGAGACUGUAUAAUCUCUUCGCUUUCUGUCCCUCCGUCGACACACAUGGCUGUCACUACUGAAUCCAUGGUUUACCACAUCCAGCCGACCACUGUGACCAUCCUGAGCCAGACCGCCCUGGGCCAGUUGGGCUCCGAAGCCAUCAUUGUGACUGAUUACUCAGAGGUUGAGUUGGACAGCACUGAAGUGGCCGAGGAACCGGUGGACAGGUGCGUAGAGGUGCACGCCGGAAGCACCUCGGUGGUGGAGGUUCUCCGCAACCAAGCUGCUGUUGAAGAAGAGGAGAUCAUUACUGUGAGCCGACACGUCAAAUUUCCCAAAGAUCCAGAGAGCAACCGCAGCAGUGAGGAGGACGAGAGAAGUCUUUGUGAGAAAUCUACUCAAUGCGAAAUCAUCAGUGACGUGAACGAUCUCAGGAGCACGGGGAAUGAUCACUCAAAUGAUUCUGACGGGGAAAGACACAAUAAAGAGCUCAGGGAAAGAACCAAAGAUGCACCGCAGCCUCCUGUAUGUCAGGAGGACGUCGGAGAACCUGAUCCUGCUCAGGAUAAGAGCAUGGGCUUAACCUGCAAGGACCAGGCAGUGCCGGAGCGAAGGGGGCGUGGAAGACCGAGGAAGAACACCCUGGUACCAAAGCUGGUUCAGAACGGGAGACGAGGGAGACGACCCAAAACGGGAAAAAACACAGAGAAAAAGAAAAAUGAAGACAUUGGAGAAAAAAAUGAUGGAAAGUCCGAGACGUUCAAGACUGAACACGAGGGUACGGAAAACACGGUCCUGUCUUGUGACCCGAACACGGCGAGACCCAUAAAUACUGAAACGUCCGAAAAUCCCCGUGCCCGGUACGUUUGCAACACGUGUGGCCGCAAGUUCACUCGCACGUCGGAUGUCCGGCGGCAUCAGCUGACCCACACGGGCGAGCGGCCGUUCCGUUGCGCUCACUGCGAGAAGACGUUCCAGCACGCGUGGGAUCUGACUAAGCACUGCCGUAAGUUUCAUGGUGAAGCAACGUUCUCUUGCUGCCUCUGUCCGAAUCAGUUCGUCAAUUUCCGCUCCCUGACUGCACACCAUAAGAAGAGCCACGGCGGCGAGCUGCCUCAUUACUGCUCCAUCUGCGGGCAGGCCAGUGUCAGUGAGGCUGCUCUCGUGCAGCACCGGAAAACGCACAGCGCUACUCAGCAGUAUGUUUGCGAGCAAUGCGGCGAAGGCUUUGACACUUUACUGCAGCGCUCGGUCCACAGACAGAGCCACCGCAUGCACCGCAAGUUUAAAUGUCCGCAGUGUGACAAGACGUACUCGCGACAGGCGGACGUGAAGCGCCACCUGCUGAGCCACACGGGUGAGCGGCCGCAUCCAUGCAACCUGUGUGGAAAAAGCUUCGCGCUCCGGGCCGGCCUCCAGAAACACCAGCUCACUCACACAGGUGAGAGGCCGUUCCCUUGCCCUCACUGCCCCAAGGCAUUCAACCUGCUCUCCAUCAUGCGUCGACACGAGCGCAUGCACACGGGAGAGCGCCCGUUCCUGUGUUCGCAAUGCGGCAAGCGCUUCCUGUCGCUCGGAGAACUCCUCAAGCACGACAAGUCGCACACGGAUGCCCGGCCGCACGUGUGCACUCAGUGCCAGAAGAGAUUCAAGUCGAAGCGGGCUCUGCACGAGCACGUUCUCAGCCACAGCGGCAUGCGCCCGUAUCCCUGCAAAUACUGCGACAAGACGUUCUCUAAGCCUUUCGCUUUGAACCGCCACCAUUUGAUGCACACGGGCGAGAGACCCUUCGCGUGCUUGCACUGCGAGAAGACCUUCCUGACGUCGGCCGAGUUGGCCUUGCACAAGCGCGUGCACACCGGAGAGCGGCCCUACGUCUGCCCAGAGUGCCCCUGGAAGUUUCGGAGUUCCUCUGAGUUGGCGCGUCACCGGCGCACUCACGGCCAGCAGAGGGCGUACUCCUGCAGCUACUGUCCCAAAAUCUACACUGGCAUAUCGAAAUUGAAAAACCACAUGCGAAUGCACACUGGGGAGGACAACACAAAGUGCCCUGAGGACAUUAGCCAUACAGUAGAAGUCCAAGAGUUUACUCUGACAGAGGGCGACGCUACUGAGAGCCUCUCAUGAUCACAUGACUCUGCAAAUGCGAUUAUAUUCUCAGUUAACAUUACAAAGACUAAGAUUUUGUUUUUGCAAUGAUGUAUAAUGGAUUCACUCUAUAAUGACUAUUAAACUGUUACACACAC